AUGGAAUUCAGCGAUUACGCCACCUACCUACGUUCAGCGAGCGAGUGCGACCACCGAGCGGUAAUAAUAAUAAUUAGCCGCCUCAUUAUUGUUAUUCGGCGACGGCGCUCGUUGUCACCGACAGAUAAACGCUCCGUGCGACCAGACAACGCCGCGUUCGAUUCUCGCGCCGUACUCAACGCCAUUGUUGCUAUUGUCCGAGAACAAGGAGAAGUAGUCCCCUUUGUGUUGUUGUGUGUACCUGGCUACCGGAUUGUAGUCACUGGAUUGUUUCACUCGACACGAUUCAACCGGACUGUUCUAUCAGAUUCGAGGACUAACCAGAUAUCGACUUAUAUAUAA